AUGCAGGAACCCCCGCAAGACCGCUUCCAGACCGACAAUUCCGUGAGCCAGAAGGCGCAGCCGCGCCAGCAGCUCUCAAAAGGCAUGGAGCACAUGCGCUUCGCCGUGACCGUCGACCCCAACCCGCACCGCAAGAAGAAUCAGCAGCAGCAGUCGCAGCCCCCGAAUCCGACGCCUACGGCGUCCCCCCCCCCCUCCCCCCCCCCCCCCCCCCCCCCCCCCCCCCCCCCCCCCCCCCCCGCCUCCAUCGCCCCCCUCCGCCACCCCUCCGCGCGCUCCCACUCCCCCACCAACAACCAAAAGCGCACCGACCCCUUCUCCUUCGGCAGCCGCCUCCUCGAAGAAGGCGACGACAUCUUCGAGUUCAACGCCUGGGACCACGUGUCCGUCGACCCGUCCUACACGCUCUUCUCGGAGGAGCAGUUCUCUCGCCAGCGCGCGGACCCGGUCUCCGACGCCGAUCGCCAGCGCUUCAACGACAACCCGGAGAAGUGGUGGAAUCUUUUCUACAAGAACAACAGGACGAACUUCUUCAAGAAUAGGAAGUGGCUCGCGCAGGAGUUCCCCGUGCUGGAUGAUGUGACCGCGGAGGGGGCGCCGCCCGCGGUCGUGCUGGAGGUGGGUGCGGGGGCGGGAAACAGCGCGUUUCCGAUUCUGCAGAAGAGGAGGAAUGAGGGGUUGAAGAUCCAUGCGUGCGAUUUCUCGAAGAAGGCGGUGGAGCUGAUAAGGGGACAUGAGUUGUAUGAUGAGAGGUAUAUACAGGCGGACGUGUGGGACGUUGCGGCGAGUCCGGACUCGGAGAAUGGGGGGUUGCCGCCCGGGAUAAAGGAGGGGAGUGUCGAUGUUGUGUUGAUGAUUUUUAUCUUCUCCGCGCUGAAUCCUAAGCAGUGGAAUCAGGCGGUUAGGAAUGUCUGGAGGUUGCUUAAGCCCGGGGGUCAGGUGCUGUUUAGGGAUUAUGGGCGCGGCGAUCUCGCCCAGGUGCGGUUUAAGAAGGGGAGGUACAUGGAGGAGAAUUUCUACGUCAGAGGCGACGGGACGAGGGUUUACUUCUUCGAGAAGGAGGAGUUGGAGCAGAUCUGGGGCGGUGGUGGUAGAGCGGCUGUACCGCAGACUGCGGAUGAGAAGCUCGCGAGCGACGCACAGAAUCUGACGAUUGACGAAGAGAAGGAGAAUGGCUCGAAACAAGAGCCGGUGCCGUCAUUUGAGGUCGCACACAUCGGCGUCGAUAGGCGCAUGCUGGUCAACCGCCAGCGAAGACUCAAGAUGUAUCGCUGCUGGAUGCAGGCCGUCUUCCGCAAGCCGGGACACGAAAGUGAAGUCGCUACAAGCACGAUACGGCAGGACAAAGAUACACCCGAGGAGGCAGAAGGAGAAGCUUAGCCAUAUUUCCUUCCCACGCAUCAUUUUCAAUUCUAGCGAUGUGAUGCCUGCCAUACACAAAGAAUAUAGAUAUACCCACGACGUUGGAUUAGCACAACAACCUCUCUUUCUCACUUUCACAAGCAGACAAAUCUCGACGAAAUGAUAUCGGUGUAAACGAUUGUGAUAUAUUUUAUGAUGCCCAAGCACGCCAUGACAACAAAUGCCAAACCAACCGAGUUUUGUUUUUAAGUAUAUCCAUACAGUCGCUCAUACAAUGCUCGCUAAAGGCGUUCUCCCAAAAAUGUACAUAAUCAAACACCGGUCUGGGUCUCGAAAUACGGUCUGAAUCUCGGCUCGCCCUGGAGUCCACACUCCCACACGCAGUCGUAACAGGACAUCAGUAAUUUGGGGAAUUUGGUCGUCCAAUAACGUAGAUAACCGUGAGGCAAAGGCCC